AUGAACCCCGCCUUCCCCCCGGAGCCGCCCCCGGAGCCCCCCAAGCCCCCGGCGGGCUCGGCCUCGGCCGCGCUGCCCUACGGCUGCUUGGGCCGCGUGCCGUGGGCUUCGCUCAAAGCCUCGCCGAGCCCCCAGGGCCCCUUCGCCGCCACCCCCGACAAGUUCCUGGAGCCGCCGGGGGGCCCCGAGGAGUUCCAGAGCCGCCCGGCCGAGUUCGCCUUUUACCCGGCUUACGGCGCUGCCUACCCGCCCGUCCCGGGCUACCUGGACGUGCCCGUGGUGCCCGCGCUGGCCGAGCCGCGGCCCGAGGCGCUGCUGGGCCCGGACGGGGGGUUCGGGGGGUGCCCCCAGCCCUGGGCGCUGGGCGGGGGCUGGGCCGGCCAGAGGUGCUGCCCCAAGGAGCAGGGCCCGGCCGGAUUCCUGCUCAAGCCGCACUUCGCAGAGGGCUCUGCGCCGUGUCCGGCCGAGGGCUGCUCGCUGCGGCCCCGGGCCCGCAAGAAGCGCGUUCCGUACAGCAAGGCUCAGCUGCGGGAGCUGGAGCAGGAGUUCGCCCGCGGCCGCUUCAUCACCCGCGAGCGGCGCCGCAAGAUCGCGCUGGCCACGCGGCUGAGCGAGCGGCAGAUCACCAUCUGGUUCCAGAACCGCCGCGUCAAGGACAAGAAGGUGCUGGCCAAGGGCAAGGCCGCCAGCGCCGCCACCCCCUGA